AUGCCCGGCCGGCCUGGCAUCAACCUGGGAGAUGAGCUCACCCUCUCCGAGUUCCUCGCCGAAACGAACCUGGAUGGCUGCGCCAACCUGACUGCGUCCUCGGAGGGCUACUACUUCCAAGGCGGCCACGAGACUGGCGUGCUCCAGGCCCGCUGCGAAGUUGGUGGCCAGUGCAUGUGCACCAACUUCAACGAAUGCGCCAACGGAAACUGCCAGAAGAUCUUCCGCUGCAACGACACAGAGACUGAAGGCUGCUUUGCUGUCGCAAACUGCACCCAGGCCACAUUUGACACCUACUUUGCUGUUGAACUUGACUGCUCGCGUGGCGAUCCGCUGACAGAGCGCAAUGAGGAGGAGCUCGACUUCUUUGCCAUACGCUGGAAGCAGGCCCUCGAGGACGACUGCGAAAUCUCCAGGCUGUGCCGGUACAAGGGCGACACAUCUGCCACGAUUGACGUGAUCAACGCCACCUCGUUCCGCACCAGCGCCCUCAACAGCGCACAUGUCGACGACCUGCUUGUGUGCGCGCAGUCGACAACCUUCCGCUUCAACCGCUGCACCGUCGUGGAUGUGCGUGAGGUGGACGCACCAACCACCACCACAACUACAACCACAACGACGACGACGACAACGACGACAACAACCACCACGACCACCACCACAACAACGACAACAACGACAACAACAACAACCACCACGACUACAACUACCCUUCCUCCUUGUGACUACACGUGCGAUGACAACGUCUACAGCUGCCUUGGCGCGGCCAUGUUUGAGAACAACGUGCGCGACACGUUCUCUGAGUGCGUUGCGUCCUACGAGCACCACAGCACCUCUGGCCUGGUUGACUUUGGCAUCUGCCUGGCAGACUGCGACGAGGUCAUGCCCAGUGACAACUACACCGACGUGAAGGUUAUCCUCGCUUGCUACCGCUCCUGUGCGCUGACAACGGCGGAUAUGGAUUGCAACGUGACCAUCACGACCACGACAACCACGACCACAACGACGACCACGACAACCACCACCACGACAACCACCACCACAACCACAACAACUAUGGGCCUCUGCGAUCAAUACGAGCCAAACGAUAGCCCACCAGACAUCACCACCACGGUCACUGUACCGGUUGACCUAAACUCCACCAUCUGCACAGACGACGAGGAUUGGUUCAAUUUCGACGUGUGCUCGGGUGGCAACGCAACCAUCAACUGCUACUUCACGCACGCCGUGGCCAACUUCGACCUUGAAUUGUUUACCUCGGAGGGUGCUCCUGUUACUUCCGCGACAUCCACAACUGACAACGAAUACAUCUUUCUGCAGAACCCUGGCGCUGGGGCCACAUAUUUUCUGGUGGUGUUCGGCACCUCUUCCUCUGACACUGGCGACUACCAGCUGACCGUUACCGCUGACUGCCCUGCGUAAUGACUGCACUGCGAUUGGUGGCCUGAUCCCAGGAACCCCUUGCCUUUCCGUCUCUGCGAAGGUCGUGCUGUCGUGCGCUGUUCAUGUAUGUACUGUUGAGCUUUUCAUCUUGUUGGCCUCUUUGUUUUGUUUUGUCUUUGUAUGUGCCUCCUCUCUGCGCCCGCCACCCUCCACAAAGCCUGCUGUCUUGUUGUCCUUGCUGUUCUGCUGCGAUGCGCUUGAGCGCUUGGCUGGUGGCACGCCAUCACGUGCGUCCUUCUUUGACGACCCUCUGUUUCAGUGGUUUUUGCAAAGAUACCAGCUAAUCGCCACCGGUCCAAACAAGCCCAAACAAAACGCACAACAACACCCAGCAAGAGACAGCACACAAGACAACAACAACGCACACA